CCUUACUUACACAUGGCUCAAAGAUGAAUUUACCGCACAGAGCUGUGAGUGUGUUUUCUGUUUGGAAUUAAUGUAAAAAUGAACGCGUGGCGAGUUGACAAUGAUGAUGGAAUGGGACCCUCUGUGACUCGUGCAGCCAGCGCAAAACCUUCAACACCACCUCUGAAGAAUGGCAACGACCUGCAUGAAUCAGGUUACUUAAUAUCGGUUGGAUCAAGAACUGCGAGAUUCAGGAGGAAACACAAGAACAAAAUGAUUUUUAUCAUAUUGCUGAUAGUCCUUCUACUCUUGGUUUGUUUGUUUAUAGCUAUGUCGGUACUGUAUAUAAAGCAAAAACGUUACAAGUCUGUGCGCAUUUGCGAGAGUAAGGAAUGUCUUCGCUCUGCAGCUAACCUGGCGCUCUCUCUUGACAGUUCUGUUGAUCCUUGUGAUGACUUCUAUCAGUACGUUUGUGGAAAUUGGGCCGAAGAACAUCCCAGACCUGAUUCGUACCAAUCAUACGAUUGGUUCAGAGACAAGCAGACCAAACUAUACACAGUGGUACGCGACUUUCUGAAGAAGAACACUACUCAUUGUCCAAAACCAGUUCAGCAGGCGAAAGAUAUGUACUCUGCAUGUAUUGACACAGAAACUUUAGACAAACGUGGCUUAAAACCGGUUAGUAAAGUUCUAGAACAUCUUCAGCUACCGCCAUAUCCAACAUUUACAAACAUCACAGACGUCAACUAUUUAGACUACUCGUUUGAUUGGAUCGAAGCAGUAAUAAAGAUCAAAACACAUCUCGGAAUGGAUGUUUUAAUCGGUUUCGAUAUAUUUACUGAUCCAAAGAACUCAUCCGUUUACAGACUUGUUAUGGGAUCACCAGAAACCACUAAUCCAUUUCCGAGUAGUCACAACAAGAAUAAAAGAAACAGGGUAAGAUAUUUUCAUCAUAACAAUAAUGCUUCACCAAUAAAAAUCGCAAGACAUAAAUCCAAGAAAGGUGAUGAAGAUAAAGAAGCCGAGAUAUAUAAGUUGUUCUACGCUCGGAUUUUGAAAUUGUUUGUACUUGAUUCUGGAGUCAUGAGAAAUUCCAGUCUAAGCGAGAGUGUACUUGACCAGAAUUUACUUCAAGCAGCUGAUACUUUCUACACGAUGGAAACUGACAUGUAUGAGCUAGAAACUUUCAAUGAAACAGACAUUCAUGAUAAUGAACACCUUAUCAUACCAGAAUAUAAAAUAGAUUUGGUUCAAAAAUACACUGAUGCAAUCGUAGAAUCAAAUAAUGGUACAGCUGUGCCAAUAUGGAAGAGAUAUUUGGAUGGAGUCUUUAACAUCAGUGAAGUAAGGCUUGAUUAUGAUAUCGAUAAGGUCUUAAUCUCCGAUCCAGACUUGAAGUAUUUGUCAUUGUUGGCUGCGUAUCUGUCGAAAGUGUCACCUGUUGUGACAGAACUGUAUAUUUGGAUUAAGGUAGUCGAGGUGAUGGCAGUACAUACAACAACAGAAUUACGAGAGUUAUAUCAAAAGUCAUCAGCGGAAUUAAGCGCACAUCGGCUGACGUCAUCGCGUAGCUUACAUUGUGCAAAUGCUGUUAAUGAUAUGCUUGGAAUGGCCGUAGCUUAUGCUAUUGCUGAUCAAAACUUCUUUAAUGUAACAAAACCGAAGAUUGAAACAAUGUUACAUGAAUUAAAAAAUGCAUUAGCGCACCUUGUUGGUACAUCAAAAUGGAUGGAUGACGAUACGAAAUUAGCAACUUAUAAAAAAAUAGUACAGAUGAAAACCUUAGUUGGAUUUCCGAAUUGGUUGCUAGAAAAUGGCAAGCUUGAAGAAUAUUAUCAAGGAAUUGAAAUAGAUACAGGAUAUCAUUUAGAAAAUAUGAUAAAUAUUAUACAAGUAAAAAUUAGGAAAUCCCUGAAUAAAUUUCGCAUGGAGAAUAAUUACACAUGGGCAACUGACCCUACUGAAGUUAAUGCAUAUCACACGUAUCAAGAAAAUACUAUAACUGUGCCUUUGGUAAUGCUUCAACAUCCGUUCUUCGAUUUAGGUCUCGAUUCUCUGAAUUAUGGUUCGUUAGGCGCUGUUCUUGGUCAUGAGAUUACACAUGGUUUCGAUAAUUUUGGUGGAUGGUAAAGCAACACUAGGAGAGAAUAUAGCUGAUAAUGGGGGAGUAAGAGAAGCAUUUGCAGCACUUAGAGAACAUUUGAGAAAAGUUGGCACUGAACAUAAUCUGCCUGGAUUUGAACAUCUUACGUCUGAACA